AGUAUCCAUCGAACAACAUGGCGCAGACGGAGGACACUGUGCAACCCCUAUUGCAGCAGUUCCAGCAAUUGUUCUUCAUAUCCAAGAUAGCCGGAAUUCUGCCCCAGGAUCUGGAGAAGUUUCGUAGUAGGAAUCUGCUGGAGAAAUCCCGCAGUGGCAUGAUUUACAUGCUAUGUACUCUGGUGGUCUACGUGGUGCUCUACAACAUUCUAAUCUACUCCUUCGGGGAGGAGGACCGCACGCUCAAGGCCUCGCAGAGCACCUUGACCUUCGUGAUAGGCUUGUUCCUGACCUAUAUUGGUCUCAUCAUGAUGGCUACCGACCAGUUGACCGCCCUACGUAACCAGGGCAGGAUUGGAGAGCUCUACGAGCGUAUUCGCCUGGUGGACGAGCGCCUUUACAAGGAGAAGUGUGUGAUGGACAACAGCACAAUUGGUCGGCGCAUCCGGAUCAUGCUCAUCAUGACGGUCAUCUUUGAGUUGUCCAUUUUGGUGGCCACCUACGUCAAGCUGGUGGACUACAGCCAGUGGAUGUCGUUGCUGUGGGUAGUCUCCGCCAUUCCGACGUUCAUCAAUACGCUGGACAAGAUCUGGUUUGCCGUUUCGCUUUAUGCGCUAAAGGAACGCUUCGAGGCCAUCAAUGCCACGCUGGAGGAGCUGGUGGCCACGCACGAGAAGUAUAAACAGUGGCUACGGGGCGAUCAGGAGCUGGCACCUCCUCUAGAUAGCUCCCAGCCGCCGCAGUAUGACAGUAAUCUGGAGUAUCUGUACAAGGAGCUGGGAGCCCUGGACAUGGGUUCCAUUGGCAAGCGUUCGGUGUCUGGUUCGGGAAGGAAUAAGGUGGCACCGGUGGCGCACUCCAUGAACUCUUUCGGUGAGCCAAUUGAAGCUGUUUUCGGUAAACCUCCACCUCAUCCCCUGGCCUCGAACAUGAUCCGCGAAAGCGAGCUGGGAAAUGCCGCCAAGGUUGAGGAUAAGCUGAACAACCUGUGCCAGGUGCACGACGAGAUUUGUGAGAUUGGCAAAGCCAUGAACGAGCUAUGGAGCUACCCUAUCCUAUCGCUAAUGGCCUAUGGAUUUCUAAUUUUUACAGCUCAAUUGUAUUUCCUCUACUGCGCCACACAGUUUCAAUCGAUUCCAUCGCUUUUCCGUUCUGCCAAGAAUCCCUUUAUCACGGUCAUAGCCCUGAGUUAUACGUCCGGAAAGUGUGUGUAUCUCAUCUACCUGAGCUGGAAGACUUCGCAGGCUUCCAAGCGCACUGGUAUCAGUCUGCACAAGUGCGGUGUGGUGGCCGAUGAUAAUCUCCUCUACGAAAUAGUGAACCACUUGUCGCUAAAGCUGCUCAACCAUUCCGUUGACUUCUCUGCCUGUGGAUUCUUCACACUGGACAUGGAGACUCUGUAUGGCGUGAGUGGCGGGAUCACCAGCUAUCUGAUCAUCUUGAUUCAGUUCAAUUUGGCCGCCCAGCAGGCCAAAGAGGCCAUCCAGACUUUCAACUCGUUGAAUGACACCGCCGGCUUGGUUGGCGCGGCCACCGACAUGGAUAAUGGCAGCUCCACACUACAUGACCUGGUCACCACCACCAUGCUGACUCCGACGGGCUAAGGCUCUGGGUUAC